CCUAAAUUCUUACUUUUCACUUUUGGUGAGGUAACGGAUUUAAACUGGUGUGUUACUGAAAUGAUUUAAGACAAUAAUAUUGAAGUGUAUCUUUCGGAAAACUUGGCGAUGGGCAGCCUUUUUGAAAUAUCGAUUUUGAUUUCAUUAUUUGCAAUAGUUAACGGAAAUGUCGUGAUUGAUGAGCUUAAAGAUAAACAGACGUCUGUUGACUCAGCUUUAAAAUUCAUGAAAAUUGGGUUGCAGGAAUUUAGUGAAGGUAUUGAACAGAUGGUGAUGAAGAGACUCGAGGGAGUCGAAACCAUUGUCGAUGAAAAAAUUAAACAAAUGAUAGGAAAUGCAACAAGGAGCAUUAUUGAAGAUCAGUCUACAGACCAAAAGAAAACCAGCGAAAAUCUACUUUCCACUUUUCAGACCGAACAGCGGCAAAAAAUUGAAUCUCCAACUAGGUACGUUGAUAAGAAAAUCAGUGACCAACUUUUCACAACUCAAAUCGAACAGCGUCUUUUUAGACAGGAACUGAUCUCCGUUACAGCCAGUUUGUUUGGGAAACUAGAAAGAAUCAGUGAUGUACUUUCAAAAACUCAGAACGAACAACAAAUCUUAAACCAGAAAAUAAUGUCUCUUUCAACCAAUUUUUCUGAGACAGUUGAUCAGAAAAUCAUUGAUCUUACUUCUACAGCUCAGACCGAACGACAACAACAAUUAAGACAAAAUAUUGAGUUUCUUGCAAUCAAUCUGACCAAGGCUAUUGAGGGGAAACUAAGUGAUGUACUUUGGACAACUCAAACCGAACAACCACUGUUAUGCCGGAAAAUUGAGUAUUUUACGACCAAUCUGACUGAAAAUAUUAAAGAGAAAAUCAUUGAAGUCCUUUCUACAACUCACACAGAACAGCAAGUCUUAAACAAGAAAAUCGAAUCUCUUCUAACUAAUUUUUCUGAGAACGUUGAUAAGAAAGUCAGUGAUAAACUUUCUUCUAUUCAGACCGAACAGCACAUUUUAAAACAGGAAGUGUUUUCUCUUACAGCAAAUCUGGUUGGGAAGAUCGAAGGUAUAAGAAACACGAGUAUGUAUGUGGCUGAGCAGCUUUCUUCGGGAAAAGCUCUAAAUAUGAUAAGAAAUGUGGAAAAUAUAAGCCAGUUUCUUCUAAAAGUACAUGUCAUAGCAGGAUCAGACUGUGCUGACAUUUUGGAAAAAUAUCCAAAAACAAGAUGGGAAAACGGCGUUUAUUAUAUUACAGCUUCGUCAUAUAAAACAAAGGCCGUGUUCUGUGAUAUGACCACUAACAACGGAGGAUGGACGGUGAUUCAGCGGAGAGUGAAUGGAUCAGUGGACUUUUACCGGAACUGGACGGAAUACAAGAAUGGAUUUGGAUUCGCUGACCACGAGUAUUGGAUCGGAAAUGACAUGCUACAUAAAUUGACAUCACUGAAGACCCAGGAACUGCGAGUUGAUAUGGAAAGAUUCAACGGAGAAAAGGCAUAUGCUGUCUACUCGCGGUUUUCUGUCGGGGAUGAGACCAGUAAAUAUAAAUUGGAGGUGCAGGGGUACAGUGGGAAUGCGGGGUGCGACUGCAACGCUUAAGGCCACAUCCAACAAACUGCGUCCCCACAGCGUGUUCACGGCGUUGUAAGAUUCAUGGAAUCGCCGUAGGAUCGCAAGGAAAAUUCAGAAAAAAAUGAAGUUUUAUUUGAAAAUUUUAUAAGUAGAGAUAUCACGGUGUCCUUACGGCUACCGAGGCAUUCUUAUGGAGCUCCAACGGCUUGUAACUGCGUUUCCAUGGAGUUCGACAUGGUGAUUAAAUGCGCUCUCGCUGAGUCUCCGCCGAGAACUCAUGACGUGCUCUGCGGGCUGACUGCGUGCACAAGACGUUCCUUACUUCUUGGUAGGUUAAUAUUACAUGUAAUUUGUACAAUUGUAUGGGGAACAAACAAGAAUAUACAACUAGUAAAUAAAUGAUUAAAAAUAGUUUUGAUUUAAUAGAAAGGCACAUUGUAAUUGAUACAUAACUACUUCUAAACAAUUUGUGAAGAACUAGGAUAAAACUCUUAGUAGUCAGGUCUAAAAAAAAAGAUUCGCUAUUAGUUGUUAGAAAACAUAGAAAAGAUUUGAAAACAUUAAAACCUAAUGGCAUGAGUUCCAUCCAGUACUUCCAUAGAUUGGUCUUGGAAAAUUAGCAAAUGCUACAUUUUACAUUGUCAUCUGCAUCCAGUUUGAUAAUUAUUACAUCGUUUGCUAUUGUACAACAGUCAUUGUUCGAGUUUUCGUGGUCUUGAUGACAACGCACUUGAAACGCCGUGGGAGUGCGGUAUAAACGCAGAAGAAACGUCACGAGAGCGCGAUGAACGUAGCAACAGCUCUUUGGGGUCGCUGUGUGAACGCAGUCAAAAGAGAAACAACGCUGUAGAUGCGCAAUGAGGGCACGAUAGAGACGCAGUGAGAUCCUGAAGGACUCCAUAAGGUCUCCUUGCAAGCGCAAUUGACCUAUCACUGCGUCUACACUGCGAUUAGCUGCGUUCCUUGGGCGCGAAGACUGAGCUCUUGCGUCGCUGUAAGAGAUCUUACAGCGCUGUCACGGUGACCUCACUACGCUUUUACGGCGUGUUUAUCAGAACGCCGAGCCACGGCGCGUACUUUGUGCAUGUUCAAAGUGCGCGCCGUCGCAUAGCGUUCUUAAAUGUUCAAGGCGAUCCCACCGCGACGGACGAAGAUGCCGUUGCGUUGUUUCGGCGCUAUAAGAGAGUCUACUGCGUUUACCUUGGCGUUUUAUAUUAUUUAAGGACGCAGCGGGAUCGCCGUGAGGGCGUAUCUCCAGUGUGACAGGGGUUUUAAUGAUCAUAUAAUUGUGUAUCAUAAGCAGUUGAGGGUGUCGAUAUUUGCUUGUUUUAAUUGCAACGCUGAAUGCGAUUUACAUCAUUAAGCAGCGUUGUAUCAUUAAUGGUUGUCACUAAGCUGAAACUUGUGUGAAUCAUCUUCAGGUAGGGUAGAUUCAAGUUUGUUCAAAUCAUGACACCCGGUGGUAGUGUGGGGCCAAAUUUUACACACACACACACACGCACGAACGCACGCACGCAAAUAUAUUUCAUUGAAUAUAUUGUUUAUUCUAGGAACCUGAUCACAUAUGUAUCUUUUUGGAGCUCUGCUUUGAAUUUGCAUUUUGCUCUAUGAUUUUUUAGCCGGGCUCUGCCGAAAGCAGAGUCCUGGCUAUAGGCAGGCAAAUCGCCAAUGUUACUAUAAAUAGCACAAAUAAACAAAAAACCGAACAGCGUCAAAGCAAAGCUUCCGCUAUACCAAAUAGUUACACAAAGAGCCACGUUUUGUCAAAAGUGUUUGCAUUUUGUUUCUUUUUUUUUAAAUUUCGAAUGAAUUGUCUAUCUUUUUUAGUUUUCUUAUUAAUAACGUGUUUUUAAAACAUUACUAUGCAUUUUGGACACAUACAAUGCACAUGAAUUUCCAUGAACUACUUUGCUGCGCGAUGAAGAAACGGGAAUUGAAUAUAUAAUGCUUGUUGCAAAAUUCAAGGCAGCAACUGUUAAACUUUUUAACUUCUACUAGACAGACAUAUUUUUUGUUUAUAGCCGCUUACAAAAUUUGGUCGCUCUCUGAUGCUUUGCCGACAUUAAAAGCAUGAGAGAGAGAGAGAGAGAGAGAGAGAGAGAGAGAGAGAGAUUUUCAGUCUUUACUACACAAUAUGCAUAAAGACACACCAAAAGAGCCCGGCUUUCAGUACUUCAGUACUUUGAUUAAGAUAGUAAGCGGUUUAUUCUUCUUAAAAAAAACUAUUCGGCCAGAAAAGCUAAAAUUCGUGUGGAAGCAUCCCCAGGUAAUGUAAACGCAAAUUUGUGCAAAGACAAGGGGGGGGGUCAAAUUUUUACAUAGUGCAUCUGUAAAAAUCUUUUCCUCAGAAACCAAUCAGCCAGGAAAGCUGUAAUUUGUGUGGAAUCAUUCUCAGGUAGGGAAGACGGAAGGUUGUUAAGUUUGGUCCCCAGUUGUAAGGUGUGGCCAUAAGGCAUUCAGAAGUUGGAGUUCUAUUUGCUUUUCGCUAUUCACUAUUCGAAAAGCGAAUAGAAU